AUGUUGGUCGUAGGAAUUCGUAAAUGUUUAAUCAUCACUAGUCGAAGAUGUGUUCAUCACGAUAAUGGUCAAAUAAUGACAAGGAAAAAUAUAAGACCUAAAACAAGCGGAAUUAUAGUUACAGGUGAUGAAGUUUUAAAAGGUCAAGUUCUAGAUACAAAUUCUUACUUCCUAUGUAAAAAUUUAUAUAAAAUGGGAAUAAAAGUAAUGUCAAUAUCUAAAGUACCUGAUGAUUUGAAUGUUAUAUCUGAAAAAGUAAAGGAUUAUUCAAAUAAAUAUGAUUAUGUUCUAACAACAGGAGGUAUCGGUCCCACACAUGAUGACAUAACAUUCGAAGCUGUCGCCAAAGCAUUCGACGAUGAAUUAGUCUACCAUUCGGAAUUGGUUAAAAUUGUUAAAAAUUUCUACAAGACAGAUGAUAUAAAUCAUCCAGGUUUGAAAAUGGCUAAAAUACCUAAAACAGCAAAUGUAACAUUUGGUUUUGAUCCGAUAACGAAUAAGAAAGCAUUUUAUCCGAAUGUAUCUGUUAAAAAUGUAUUCAUGUUUCCUGGUGUUCCAAUUUUAUGCGAAAGACUUUUCAAUUUUACUAAAAAUCAAUUGUUUUCGAGUAAUCAAAAAUUUCAUUUGAAAGAAUUGUAUUUAUCAUCGAAUGAAGACCUCAUUGUGAAUGAACUUAACAGUGCUGUUAAAAAAUUUCAAAAUGUUUUAUUCGGAUCGUAUCCGAAAUAUUUUCACAGUUAUUACAAUGUUAAAAUAACAAUUGAAUCCGUCGACGAAUCGGAAACGGUUAACGCACACGAAUACCUACGUCGAAUCAUACCUGAAAAAUAUCAAAUUGAUUAUGAUGGCGAUCCAUUUUCUGAUAAGUUAAACAAAAUGAAAAAAUUAAAUAAUGACAAGUUAAAUGAAACGUAUGAAAAAUUAGAAAGGGAUUUAUUGGCGGGAAAAAAAAAAAAUUCAAACGAUAUUUUUAUUUAUUUCGACGGAAGUAUAAAUUCAACGGUUUUGCUUCACAUAAUGGCGACGAUAUACGAAAAAAAUUAUACGGAUAAACAAUCUAUGAAUUGUAUUUAUUUGGAAAAAAAUAUUAAAAUAAAUUCGUACGUUAACGAAACUGUUAAAAAUUACAAUUUAAAUCUAUUGAAAUUAAAUCGUGAUAAUUUUAUUCAUUUUGCCAAAUCCCACGGGAACAUACUCAUCGUGAUCGGAGUUAGAAAAACGGAACCCAAUUCGUCGGAGAUAUUAAAGUCGUUCAAUGGCGUUAACUUUAUAAAUCCGUUAUUUGAUUGGAAUUAUAGCGAUUUGUGGAACGUAACGAGAAACCUUUAUCUGCCAUAUUGUAACCUUUACGACGAAGGUUUCACGACUAUAAAUGACGUUCAUGGUAAACCGAAUCCUUAUUUAAAAACCGUCGGACCACGUUCGGAUUUGAUUUAUUAUAAAAAAGCUCACGAAUUACAAGAUAAUUCGUUGGAACACUUUACGUAA